UCGCUCAGUCCACCCCCUCUCCCUCAGCUGUCAGCUCAGCAAAAGCAGCGAUCGCACGGCGAAGCUUUGCUCUUCUCCUCCAAAUCUACCAUGGCGGCAUCUGUAGCAAGCUCUUUCUUCUUCGACGACGAGCCGGCCGGCGAGCGCGGCAGGGCCGCCAUGGACGCAUGCGCGCUCUGCGCCAAGCCGCUGGCGCGCGAGAAGGACAUCUUCAUGUACAGAGGGGACACCCCCUUCUGCAGCGACGAGUGCCGUCACAAGCAGAUGCGGGACGACGCCGUCUGCGAGAGGCAAGCUGCCCGGCGGCUGCGGCCGUACUCGUCCGUGCCGGAGUCCCAUCGUGGGCAGCGAGAGUCCGGGGAGGUGUCCGUCCGGAGCUGACCGGCCAGAGCGCCAACGAAAGAACUCUGAAGAACCAUCAAUUUUGUGAUGAUGGUAUUUCUCCGGUGCUCUUGGGUAUUAGGAGCUGUCGAGCCCAGCGAGGCAGGAAGCAGCGGCGCGCCAGCGCCCGCAGCUUCUUGGCCUCUUGGGCUAGUUGAAGAAGGCGAUGAUCGAAGAACAUCACCGUGUGUUUAUCUUAUGUUUUGGCUAAUCCGAUCAGCGCUGCCCCGCUCUGCGAUUCUUUUUUCGAUAAAGGAUGCUUUAUUACUUUUGGAAGCAAUUACAUCCAGUCUCUGCAUAACCAGGAUGCACACAGCCGUAUUGUUGUCUCAAGUCCAAAAAGAUAAAAAAAUAAAAACUACGCGAGAUACAUAUCGGAACGAUGAAUCAUAUAACGCCUAAGUAGUAGGUGGGGCAUCUAUCCGUACCGCUCUGUGAUUCUGUAUCUGUAUAUCCAUGAAUUUGGCUGUAUAAAAGUUUUGCUCCGAAAGAUAGAUAUCCCUUGUACUUAA